AUGAAUCGAGUUCUGGAGGAGCCCAAUGAGCCAGCGCCGGACAACACCCUAGACUACGGUUAUGAGGGAGGCAUCAGCGACGGCGAAGAAGAUCCGCAUGAGGAGGGAGAGAAGGACGAUGACGAAAGCAGUCCAAGUAACCUUGCGAGUUUGGCUUCGGGGUCGCAGUUGUAUGAGAACGUCGGUGAGAACACCCGCAGCCGGAACUCACGAGCACAUGGAACACUGUAUCGGGCUUUUAAUGUACUUGAUGAUCUACCUAAUCAGGAUUCGAACCUUCACCUUGUCAUGCCCACUACUUUUCCUAGACCACCACCACCCCCACAAUAA